AAUCGCGUCCGAGUCGCUCCUUUGCUCUUCACAACCAACCGCCUUCUCAGGGUCUAGGAAUCAUGUCCGCUUCAUCCGUACGUACCUAUUAGUCUUCGGGCGUGUAACGUAUCUGCUUCAGGUACUUCCCAAACUAUGUCUACAUCUUGGAGUCAAUAUCAGACUAAUUCAGUAAACAUGAGGGGCAGACCUACGGUUAUGGCUUCUCGUCACCGGAAGCGUAAAGCUAGGCCUGCUGCGAAUUCAUUAACCAAUAUCUUCGGAGACGAAUGGAGUGUUUCGGAUGAUUGGGUUGAAGUUGCCAACCAGAUGUGUGCAAUACUUAAUUUUCCUGACUUAACUACACGAAACGGACUGAAAGACGUUCACGCUGACCUUGAGGCCUACGACUCUCGUCUAAACCAGGCCUUCAAAUACGGCAGACAAAACCGAAACUUUAAGAUCAUGGGCGGUGUUGUUGCUGUAUGGACAAAGAUGUGCACAGUCGAUUCCAUCCUGCAAGAUCGCCUGAUUGAUGCAGGUCUGCUGGAGCGGGUGAUGACCCUGACCGAGAAUUCAGAAACUCUUGGUUUGGCCCUGCGUUUUCUGAACGUGAUAACUUUUCACUUUGGAAAACGAUUCGCGCUCGAAUUUCGGCGUUACGUGGGCAAACUCAUCAGUCUCUGGAAGGCACACGUCGAUGAUCCGAUGGUUCCAUCUCUUGUAUUAGGAAUUUUGGCACAUUCACCCAGCGUACUUCAAUCACCAAGCGUUCGUAUCGAACUAUCACCUCUUGUCGAAAACAUUCUUGAAACACUUCGCCAACCUGCAUUGACCAGUUGGUUGUUUGACCACGCAAUGGCCUUCUUCGGCGGCUCGUCUUCAAACGUACUAUCUGAAUGCAAAAACAACCGAUCCUACUUGCUACUUUGCGUCGCUAUGCUGCGGAGUCACGAUCUUAACCGGCGCAUGCAAGCCCUAAGGGGAAUAUGGCGCAUGUCUUCCCCCGUCACCUGCAAAUACAUUGCAACCUUCGCCAUAGUAGGCAACCUCAAGAAGUGUGACUAUCCCUCAGAUCUUUCGGCAAUACUUGGCGAGUUUGGACAAGAAAGGACCGAAGCACUGGGCAUCAAACUAUGUAUGCGAGACUACGUCGCCUUGCAUUCCCAAAAUACGCUCAAGCCUGACCCUCUCGCUCUUGGUCGAGCUCUCGGUGCGCAGAUUAUGACCAACCAGUUUUCCGUGCCACAAAAAGCUUGUACGGGCUGCGCUAGACUCAGAAGCUGCGCAUGCUGUUCAGACUGGAACAAAUGUGCACCGGAGUGUAUUGUGGCCUUACGUGCUGCUAGCGAACAUCCGAGCGAUCUGGAUUUGGCCGAUGCAUUGGAAUGGAAGUCAACACACUGCGAAAAAGACGGUGGAAAAAAGGCUCUCCAGGUCGCCCGUAACGCGAUUUCUCGAGUCCCGAGCAUUCCGUUCUUCUACUAUGCCGUCGCCUCACAACAGCACAACGUAGAUCACUUGGACACACUGCGUGUGUCGAAGAAAGGGCUGAAGUGUCCUGACAUCCCGCUUUGGAUUCGUACCUCCCUACUGCGAUAUGCAAUCAACUCUGCGCUUCACAUCAGUACGGCUGCAUGUUCGUGGGAUCAGCGGGCUAAUUUUCUUGCCAUGCUCAUCAGUGCACAUGAAGAUUCCUGUGAGCUGAUUCGGAUUCUGCCACCUGAUUCAAUGUUUAUGCAAGGAGAUUUGAGCAUACAUAUCAUUGUCACUCUGCUGGUGAGAGGUCCAGAAUGCGCCAUUGAUGGGCCCGAAAUGCAGGAGGUAUCCAAGAAAUCCGAGAUCAACAACAAGUUCAUGGACUACCUGGGCAUUCCUCUUGGUAUGCCCAGCCUAGUCAAGGACACGAGAAAGCAAAUCCUUGACAACAUGUCUGACGCUCUUCAAGAGUGGAAAGAUACGUUGGAGAUCACGAAUGGGUUCGUGGCUGAAAGCCAAGAGAGUGAUCUCACUUUCGCGGACCACGAUGAAAGUGCCCGCCAUCUGGACACAUGGUUAUCGAACUUCGAGGAUGAGGAUCGCCGGGCUAAGCCAGGUCAAUAUAGGUGGUGGUCCGCGGAAAUGUCCAAGGAACAGCUGACUCCGAUGCGCUGCACUUGGUGCGAGCGAACUAGUGCUGUAUUGAAGAAAUGUGGACAAUGUGGUACGACAAGGUAUGAAUUUGCAAUCUUCCUUCAGGCGUCAGAUGCAGUCUGUCUAAUGGUCUUCUAGGUACUGCGAUUCGGAGUGCCAAAAGAGUCAUUGGGCGGAGCAUAAGUCUAGUUGCCAGGGGAAGAAAGCAGCACCACAGCCAACAAGUGAGAUGCGAAUAAAAUAGAUACUCUACAGCAUAACCUAUUUCUUGACGUUAAUGUUCAUAUCCUACAAUAAGACUGGUUAGCGUAUGCUCAGAGCUCGUAGAUAGCCAUUUGACAAUACGGUACAAACUGCUUCCUGCUCGUCACCGUGCUUUUUU